AUGAGUAUCCUGGUCCAGGUCCUGCUCACCCUCCUGGCGCUGUCAGCCUGCCUGGGUGACGUGGUGCUUCCAUGGUCACACACACUGCGGACCAAGAUGCUGGAGGAGACCAUGGAGCUGCUGGACUGGCUCCAGCAGAAGGAGGUUUCCUGUUACAAGAUGAAUGUGAUAAAUAUUUUUGCAGAUCAUAAGAGAGGCAACAAGACAGAGAUCUUAUGCAAAGCUGCCACAAUUGCUCGGGAGGGCGAGAGCUGCCACGGGUACUUCGGGGGCAUUUACGACAACUUGCUCAGCCUGGCCUGGGGGAGCAGAGCAAGGCACAAGAAGCCAUGUCCUGUGGCAGCAGGGAGCACCACCUCACUGAAGAAUUUCCUCAAGGAAUUACACCACGUCCUCCAAGAAGAGUAUAAGAAUCAGAAGUGA